CACAAAUAUGUGCCGCAGCAAGAACCCCAGAUAGUACUGUACUUCAAAUUUUCUCCCCGAAGAAAAAUAUUUGAACACAAUUUGACUAAAACCGGUUUAUUUUGGACAUCCACACUGAAAAACAGUCAUUGUCUGCCGACGACCGUUUUCGUUGUCUUAAGCGUCCUUUAGUGGCGAUUUUGGGAACUGCAGAAAAUCUGACAACAGUUCAAAUGAGUUAUAAUUUAUAAAGGUGACAUCAAGGUUGAAUAAUCACAUUUAGCACAUUUGUGUCGUACCAUGUAACAACAGGUGACCGCGUUAUGUGCCUGUGUAUUUGUUUUUGUCCCAGUUAAAAAAAAUGGCCCUUUUAUUUGUGACGUCAUUACACUGACAGUUGCCUACUAUACGUUUUAUGUUGUGUAAACGAGUUUUUCUUGUACCGCGCCGUUCGACGUGCGUCACUGGUUUUGCACGUUUGUAAAUGAGCAAUAAAGUUAUGGGUGACAGAAAAAAAACAGGAAACUGAUCUGCACAGCUAAGAUGGCGGAGGAACAGCAAGAAGCAUCACAGGGGGAGAUGGAGGGAGUGAACUGCUUGGCGUAUGAUGAGGCCAUAAUUGCACAGCAGGACAGAAUUCAACAGGAGAUAGCCAACAGUAACCCGCUAGUGUCAGAAAGAAAGGAACUCUCUGUGCUGCAGAGGGAGUACUCGGAGGAAGACACCGUUUAUCAGCUCAAGAUCAAGGACUUGUACAAAAAAUAUUCAUACAUCCGCAAGACAAGACCGGACGGCAACUGUUUCUACAGAGCCUUUGGCUUUGCACAUCUCGAGUCUCUACUAGAUGACAGCAAAGAACUGCAGAAGUUCAAAGCGGUGGCAGCGAAAAGCAAACUGGACCUGGUGAACGAGGGAUUCACCGAAUUCACCAUUGAGGACUUCCAUCACACUUUCAUGGGCCUGAUCGAGCUGUGCGAGAAGCAGCCCAGCUUGAAGGAGCUGCUCAGAUCCUUUAACGACCAGAACGUGUCGGACUACGUGGUGGUGUAUUUGCGGCUGCUCACCUCGGGCUACCUGCAGCGGGAGCACGCUUUCUUCCAGCACUUCAUUGAGGGAGGACGCUCGGUCAAGGAGUUUUGCCAGCAGGAGGUGGAGCCCAUGUCGAAAGAAAGCGACCACAUUCACAUCAUCGCCUUAGCCCAGGCCCUGAACUUAUCCAUCCUUGUGGAGUACAUGGAUAGAGGCGAAGGCGGAACGGUUAAUCAUCACGUCUUCCCCGAAGGUGGUGACCCGCGCAUCUUCCUCCUCUACAGACCAGGCCAUUAUGACAUCCUGUACAAAUAAGCCCCCCCCCCCCCCCUUCUACCAGCUCCCUCCCUCCCUCCACAGCCACACGGAUGAAGCAGAAUGUCGCCCGGCAUGUGAGAUGACACUCAUGUGUCAUAAACAAAAAGUUCAAAGUACAGUACAUGGUACUCCACCCACCCAUCUGCCCCCCAGCCCCCAGUUAUCACCAAAUAUAUAAAAACAUGUUUGAGAAAAUAGAAGUGACUCCAGGCGUUUAGAGUUGUACAGGUUUCUUUUGUGGUUGUAAAUGUUAUUUACUUGCUUUGUUGGAUUCUUUUCCUUUGUUACACUGCAUUUCAUUUGAGUUUUAUUAAAGGGAUUUACAUCUUA